GCUGGGCGGCCACACCCUGUGCCGAGCUCGGUUCCUGUGAGCCUGAAGCCUCGCCCCGCGAAGACGCUCCAGACGCUCGGAGGCCACCGCCUCACUCCACCAGGCCUCAGCACUCGGAUCCUGCCCCGCCAGCUCGCCGUGACUUCCCCCCCGACCAUGCUGCGCUGGCUGCGGGCCUUCGUGCUGCCCACCGCCGUCUGCCAGGACGCGGAGCCGCCCACGCGCUACGAGACGCUCUUCCGGGCGCUGGACCGCAAUGGGGACGGCGUGGUGGAUAUCGGAGAGCUGCAGCAGGGGCUGCAGAGCCUGGGCAUCCCGCUGGGCCAGGCCGCCGAGGAGAAAAUUUUCACCACUGGCGAUGUCAACAAAGAUGGGAAACUGGAUUUUGAAGAAUUUAUGAAAUACCUGAAAGACCAUGAGAAGAAAAUGAAAUUAGCAUUUAAAAGUCUGGACAAGAAUAAUGAUGGGAAAAUCGAGCCUUCUGAAAUCGUCCAGUCUCUCCAGAUGCUGGGCUUAAAUAUUUCUGAAAAGCAAGCAGAGCUGAUUCUUCAAAGCAUCGACUCUGACGGGACCAUGACCGUGGACUGGAAUGAGUGGAGAGAUUACUUUUUGUUUAACCCUGUGACGGACAUUGAGGAAAUUAUCCGUUUCUGGAAACACUCUACUGGAAUUGACAUAGGCGACAGUUUAACUAUUCCGGAUGAAUUCACAGAAGAUGAGAAAAAAUCAGGACAGUGGUGGAGGCAGCUCCUGGCAGGAGGCGUGGCUGGUGCCGUCUCCAGGACAAGCACCGCUCCUUUGGAUCGCCUCAAGGUCAUGAUGCAGGUUCACGGUUCCAAAUCAAUGAACAUAUUUGGAGGCUUUCGGCUGAUGGUAAAGGAAGGAGGAAUCCGUUCUCUUUGGAGAGGAAAUGGCAUCAAUGUCAUUAAAAUAGCUCCAGAGACGGCCGUUAAGUUCUGGGCGUAUGAACAGUAUAAGAAACUGCUUACCGAGGAAGGACAAAAAUUAGGGACCUUUGAGAGGUUCAUCUCUGGUUCCAUGGCUGGAGCAACUGCACAGACCUUUAUUUAUCCCAUGGAGGUUUUGAAAACCCGGCUAGCUGUAGCCAAAACUGGACAAUACUCUGGAAUAUACGGUUGUGCCAAGAAGAUUUUGAAACAUGAAGGCUUUGGAGCCUUUUACAAAGGCUAUGUUCCCAAUUUACUAGGUAUCAUUCCUUACGCAGGCAUUGAUCUCGCCGUGUACGAGGUGAGUGAGGGGACAGCCACGCUUCUGUGUGAGGGGUGGGUGGAUGGCUGGUUGUCAUGGAAUCUGACUUCCUGUCAAUGCUGGGAGAGUUGAGGAAAUGGUUGGGGA